UGAGGGGGCGCUACAAAACAGCAAAGCAGCGUCUUGUUUUUUGCCAUGAUCAUUGGGGCACAGAUUUCUAGUGAUCAGCAGCGUGUGUCAUUCGUAUUGGUGGGAUAAGCAGAUCCCUCGAACGGUAGUUGUACCGACUGCGCCCAAUCCCCUGUUUGGACCGAACCAAUCCCCCUACCGCUGUACAUCGAGGAUUUACUGGGCCCUGGUCCAGCUGCCUUCUUGUGCGCGCAGCAGCAGGCGUGGCGGCCAGGGAUACAGGAGCUGCCUACUGUGCCAUGGGAGGAUGCUGAAUGGAUGUAAAAGCCUGGGCUAGGAAUUAGGUAUAACGCUAAAGAAGGAUGCGGACACUGGCUCACGUUAGCAGCAGCGGUCGAAAGACUGUCUAAAUGAUGUUUUGAGCAGCUGCAGAGUUCAGAAAGUAGCAGAGAGCAAUUUAACAACCAUGAGCAGUGAAGCCUCUCCUGAAGUGGUGUCUUCCCCUCCCCCACACCAGGAGCGGUAUAUUCGAAUGUCUGAACAUGACCCAGAGUACCUGCGCUUUCGGAACAUGGCUCCCAAUCUACGUCAAGAUUUCAACAUCAUGGAGCAGAAAAAACGGGUAACCAUGAUUCUUCAGAGUCCGUCUUUCAGAGAGGAGUUGGAACAUUUGAUCGAAGAACAAAUAAAGAAAGGAAACAACUCAUCCAACCUGUGGGCACUUCGUCAGAUUGCUGAUUUCAUGGCCAUUACAAAUACUGCACCUUUUCCCACUUCUCCAGUUGCUGGUGUGUCAGUGAUUGCACCAAUUAAUGAUCUCAGCACCACAGAGUCUACAUCCUUUAUUAAGGGUGAGCGACUAAUGCGAUGUAAAGUGACAAGUGUCUACCGCCUCUUGGAUCUCUAUGGUUGGGCACAGCUUGCUGAUACCUUUGUGACUCUCAGAGUCAGCAAAGAACAUGAUCACUUCCUGAUCAGUCCCAAAGGUCUCUCAUACAGUGAAGUCACUGCUUCGAGUCUGAUAAAGGUGAAUACCUUGGGUGAAGAAGUAGAGAAAGGCAGCACCAGUUUCCAGGUGGACACAGCAGGAUUCAGCCUACAUUCAGCCAUCUAUGCAGCUCGUCCAGAUGUGAGGUGUAUUAUUCACCUACACACCCCAGCUACUGCUGCAGUGUCUACCAUGAAGUGUGGCCUUCUUUCUAUAUCCCAUGAGGCACUGUUAUUGGGAGAUGUGGCAUACUGUGAUUAUAAUGGCGAAAUGGAGGAUGAGGCUGAUCGAACUGAGCUACAAAAAAGCCUUGGACCAACCAGCAAGGUUCUGAUAUUAAGAAAUCAUGGUAUAGUGGCCCUGGGUGAAUCCGUAGAAGAAGCAUUCCACAGGAUCUUCCACAUCCAGUCUGCCUGUGAAAUACAGGUGUCUGCUCUCUCAUGUGCUGGUGAUGUUGAAAAUUUAAUCCAUUUGGACCGAGAGAAGUACCGACCCCAUGGAGUUGGAUCAGUGGGAUGGGCUGGAAGUACAUUUGGACCAAUGCAGAAGAGUCGUGUGGGGGAGCAUGAGUUUGAAGCACUGAUGAGAAUGUUGGAUAAUUUGGGUUACAGAACAGGCUAUGCGUAUCGUUUCCCCUUCCAUCUGGAAAAAACAAAACACAAAAGUGAGGUGGAAAUUCCAGCUACUGUCACAGCUUUCAUGUUUGAGGAGGAAGGUACACAUCGAGUACCGAUACGGCAUCAUGCGCAGAAACAGCAACAGGAGAAAACACGUUGGCUAAACACACCGAACACUUAUAUGAGGGUCAACGUUUCUGAGGAAACUCAAGGAAGCAUCACAUCAUCAAAGACCAAGACAACAUGGAUGAAAGCAGAUGAGGUAGUGAAGUCCAGCAGUGGAACUCCAAUCAAGAUUGAGAAUCCAAAUCAGUUUGUGCCUCUUUUCACCGACCCUCGGGAGGUUUUGGAGACAAGAAAUAAGAUCCGUGAGCAGAACCGUCAGGAUGUAAAGUCUGCCGGUCCCCAGUCUCAGCUGCUGGCCAGUGUUAUUACAGAGAAGAGUAGGAGCCCGUCAGCAGAAUGUCAGCUGUCUGCUAAGAGUGAUGCAGAAACAAAGGAAGAGCGAGAAGAGGUGAAAUCACCUGACCCAGAACCACCGCCAAACCCUUUCAGUCAGCUGACUGAUCAGGAAUUGGAGGAGUACAAGAAAGAGGUGGAGAGAAAGAAACUUGGACUGAAUGGUCCUUCUGAGAAAGACAGCACCACAGUGGAGUCCCCCGUGAAGACCCCAGAUACAACCCCUGUAAUGUCCCCAUUGAAGACUCCGCCAACAUCCCCUACCAAGUCAUCAGGAGACUCUGUGAAGACUGAAGCUAAUAAGGGGCCAUUUGAUGCUAGCAUCUUACAAGAGGGUUCAUUGCCAACAGUACCGGAAGUUAACGGGAAGGAGGAAGAGAACACAGUUACAGAGGAAGAGUUAACCAAAAGAAUGAGUCAGAUGACAACUAUCACAGAGACUGAAGCUGAAACAGUCAAGGACAAAACAGAGUCCCUCAGUAGCCCUAUUUCCCCAGAAGGUUCCCCAUCCAAAUCACCUUCAAAGAAAAAGAAAAAAUUCCGCACCCCAUCAUUCCUGAAAAAGAGCAAAAAGAAGGAGAAAACAGAAUCAUGAAUGACUGACAGAAAUCUAUUUCACUGGAAUCAUCUCAUAAUGGGAUACACAAAGCAGGGAAAGGCUAGCAUCCGUUAUGGCUUGUGUUCAGGAUUUCUAAUGGUUGAGCAUCUUACGACCAGUGUAACAUGUCGUUUUAAAGGAAUCUUUACCCACAAUGGCAUUUCAGGGAAGGUGUAGGAUGUACCAAGUGUACCAGAGGUUUUUGAUAACGUUUGUCUCAUCAUUCCCUGCCAUGUUUGCUGCUCCUACCACAGUGACUGAUGGUCACUGGGUAUGAGUGCUUGACCGUGCUUGUUUUGCCGUUUAUUUUCAGUCAUUCUUAUCCUGAACUUCCACACAAUACAAAGCUGAAGAGUUACUUUAGGUGCCUCUGUCCUGACUUCUUCAGUAUCAUGCCCUCACCCGCAGCCCUGAAAAUCGCAGAGAAAACAAUUGUCAGUAAGCUUAUUUUUCAGCAGCUAGAUUCCACGAUGGCUUUACAUAAGUUCAGUAUGCAUUAGCCUCAUGACCGUUUCAUAAUCAGAUGGCGUAACAGCCGAUCUGUGCACUAGCCUCAUGACCGUUUCAUAAUCAGAUGGCGUAACAGCCGAUCUGUCACAUCAAUGAACUAGUAUCUGAAAAAGCACUGAAGUUAUAUAUGUAUAUAUUUAUAAAAGUAAUUUAUAAACAGCACCAUAAUAAUAGAUCUCUUAUCACAUGCCUGUUAUAAAACAUUCGCCUUUUUACAAUGAUAAAACAGUUUAAAACUCGUAUUGUAAGAUUUAGAUGUGACACCGUUUAAUUAAAUAUGCAGUUUGAUAUUGUAAGGUAUUGCUGUGUAGGCAGAGUCACAAUAAGAUAUUUUUAAUCCAUUUUGCUUUUUGUUUACUCUUUUAGUCUUUGCUGGAGUGAAUUGCUAAAUUGUAAAUAUCAUUAAACAUAGUGAGGUAAUUUAUAUAUGAAUUUAAGUUCCUAUUACAGUGAAAAAAUGAGAAAGAAAAAAUGAAACCCUCUUCUUACUCUACCGCACCAUUUUGGUGUCUUGAGUCCUCUUAUGGCUAUAUUAGGCCUACUAAGAAACAGGGAGUGUCCUGCGGUACAUACUUUUGUGGCUUGUGUCCUGUCUUCACAUAGUCUAAAAUCAAAAGAAUAUAUACAGUUAUACAUGUACAGUUGCAUAGUUCUUUCUUUAGGGAAUAAAAUACAUUUGUAACUCUGCACAGUGGUAGUCACUUAAAAACUACCCACAAUGAUUGGAUUGAUACUGCCUAGUGGCAGUUAGAAGCUUAGUAACAUAUUGAACUUAGCAAAAUCAAAAUAAUUCUUCAAGUACAUGUGACAGGUGUAUGUCUGCAUAAUCCUACAUCACAAUUAGCUGGCUGCUUUAAAUGAUGCAGUGUUUUAUCGUAUAAUAACAUUUUUCCUACCUACUCUCAUUCCUGUACGCUAACUCCAAAAUCUCACAGCAGUGAGGGAAAGGAGAAACCUUCUUAACUCAACCGUGUAAUGAUCUUGCACUAAUUUACAAACUGCUCAGACACAUCCGAGCAUGCACACACGAUCAUCACAUCAUCACACAGCUUCACACACAUAGACGUACAUUAACCUCAUCAACACACACAACAUACUGUACAUGACUUUAACACAAAAAACACACACAUAAAUAACCACUUGCCUCUCACAAUACCUCAUUUCCCAGCUAAAAUACUAACACAGUACUCUAAUAAAGCUGACUGAAACCAGAAUCAGUUACAUCAGAAAAUUAUUCCCAUUUCAGUAUGAACUAACCUGCAAAUGUAUGUGUAUA